GUAUCCGGCUGAAAAAUAUAUCAGUUUACAAGUGCCUGCAUGACCGGGCUAGUGUACUCCACACAAGCAUUAUUCUCUGACGAGGAGGAGUCUGGCUUUCUCAGGAGUCUCAGCUACAUCGCUAGGUAUCACCCAGACAGCAUGAAGACAUAUCCGAUCGGCCAAGGGUUCCAAGCACGCUCGUAGCCGAGGAUGGGAUUUCAUGCCACUGGAGAGGGGACCACGACUGUGGAUUGAAAGGUUCACUUGACGCCUCUCCUGCUCUGGAGGGGAUGGAGGAAAUGAAAUGAAGAUUUUUCCAUAAAUACCACAUUAUCGCUUUUCCAACUCAGGGUAUCGCUGUGCUACAUUGAGACUUAAAUAUGUCUUUCCACGAAGAACCUCAAAGCAGAUCAUUCCUGACCACAGAUUUGCCCUUUAAGACCAACCUCACAAACUUUCUAAAUGCCACAUGGGAGGCGCCUACUGCCGCUAAUUCCACAGAGAACAUAGUAGUCACAUAUACCAUUGGGGUAAUCUUGUCCCUAAUGUGUAUAGUAGGAGUGGUUGGAAAUGUCUAUACUUUAGUGGUGAUGUGCCAAUCAAUGCGAACUGCAGCUUCCAUGUAUGUCUACAUCAUAAACCUUGCUCUUGCUGAUCUCCUUUAUCUGCUCACCAUCCCAUUUAUAGUGGGCACCUACUUCAUGCAGGAGUGGUACUUCGGAGACAUUGGCUGCCGUGUACUCUUCAGCUUGGACUUCUUAACCAUGCAUGCCAGUAUCUUCACCCUCACUAUCAUGAGCACCGAACGUUACUUUGCAGUGCUCAACCCUUUGGGAUCUAUAAAGAGGUCAAAGAGCUACAGGAAAGGCAUCACAUUUGGAGUCUGGAUGGUUUCUCUUGUGAUAACGUUGCCAAUGCUUAUCAUGAUUAAGUUGGUUGAAAAGGACAAUAAGAAUAUAUGCCUACCUACAUGGAGCAGGAUGUCCUAUAAGGCUUAUAUCACUGUACUCUUUUGCACAAGUAUAGUGGGUCCAGGACUUGUCAUUGGUUUCUUGUAUAUUAGAUUGGCUAUAACUUACUGGUUGUCCCAAACAGAGUCCUUUAAAGAUACCAAGAGAUUGCCAAAUAAUAAGGUACUCUACCUCAUCUUUUCUAUAGUUCUGGUCUUCUGGGCCUGUUUCCUACCAUUCUGGAUUUGGCAACUCCUCACCCAAUACUCUGAAUCUCUGUCAAUCUCCCCAAAAGCAGCGAGGAACAUUAAUUACCUGACGACAUGUCUCACCUACAGUAACAGUUGUAUCAACCCUUUCCUCUAUACUCUACUGACCAAGAACUACAAGGAUUAUGCCAAAGGUAACCAUACUACAAAGAAGACCAGCAGCAGACAUAUAAGGAGCCAAUUCCAUAGGCUCUCCGGCAGGUCAAUGUCCACCAGUAGCCAAAUGUGUACAGAGACAUUCACCCUGGUGCAGGGCACUGCAAGCCACAACAAUGCCAGAGACUGUGCAGGGGAGACUUAAAAAAAAUGAUAAAUAGGACUGUCAUUUAAAAUGAUGUAUUUGGUAUGCUGACCACUGCAUUAUAUGGUAAAGAAGGGACUGUGUACUAGGAUGGCACAAACUGGAUCAGUGGUGACAAGUAAAAUAAAUCUUAAUCGCCACUAAACUAGAAAUUCUGGAGAAUUGGCAAGGGAAAA